CUCCAAGCUAAUGAACUGGAAUGAGCUGGAACUAGCGACAAAGCUCAAAUCAGAUACCGGGUUUUAAAUGAUGUAUGUGUGUGAAUAAAAAGCUUCUGUCCGUGUGUGAAAAUGUCUAAAGUCCAAAUACUGAGAUCAUUCGUCAACCAGAGACUGACUGCUGCUGCUGAAGAGAUAUUUGAUCUGUUUGAAAGAACCAUAGCAGAGUAUGAGGAGGAAAUCUGUCGAUCAAAAGAGGAAAAUGAGCGACAACACAGACUGCUGGAUGCCGUUUUCAAACCUGAAGUCCGCUUACACAGAUUAGAGGUCCAGCAGCUGUUGUCGGGUGAAGAAGAGGUUCCCUCUGAGCAGCAAGAGAGGGGCUCCAGUCUGGACCAGGAGGACCCACCAGAACCAUCACAGAUCAAAGAGGACCAGGAGGAACUCUGGAGCAGUCAGGAGGGAGAGCAGCUCCAAGGACCAGAGGAGGCUCAUAUCAGCAUGUUUGUAUUCACUCCUGUCCCUGUGAAGAGAGAAGAAGAUGAUGAAGAGGAACCUCAGUCCUCACAGCUUCAUGAAAUCCAAACUGAAGAGAGGAGAGACACAGAGCAUUUGAAAGCAGACGCCUACGGGGAGGACUGUGGAGGACCAGAACCAGACGGAGACUUUAAUCCAGACAGUCGUUUACAGCCAGUUACUCCUGACAAGACUUCACACUCUGACUCUGAGGACAAUAACAGUCUUUGUGAUUGGGAGGAGACCUUUAAAACUCUUUCAAUUUUCAACCCUCUGCAAAACACAGCAGUGACUGUGAGUGAUAUUGAUCGUGGUCCUGAAAGAACAUCUUUAAGCUCCUCUGAAUGUGCUACACGAUUUGGGCAAAGGGAACAUCCACAUGGAAUCAGAGGUAUAAAAAAAGGAGACAAACCACUGAGUUGCUCAUUUUGUGGUAAAAGAUAUAUGCGGAGAGCCUUCCUAAGAAAACAUUUGAAAUGUCACUCGGAGGAGAAUUGUUUCAGCUGCUCCAUUUGUCAAAAAAGUUUUAAAUUAAGAGGAAUGCUUCUGGCACACAUGAGAAUCCACACAGAAGAGAAACCCUUCAGUUCCUCUGUCGGUGGUACAAGGUUCUCAGUAAAGUCAAAUUUAAACUCAGACUUAAAUACUCACACAGGAGGAAAACUUCAUGCCUGUAAAGUUUGUAAAAUGAGUUUUAAUCACAUCAGAGAUUUGUUUGACCACGCAGGAAUCCAUACAGGGAGGAAAUGCACUUGUUCAGUGUGUGGCAAAAAAAUGCACAUGUACUCUGUGAAGAGACACAUGAGAACCCACACGGGAGAGAAACGCGUGACUUGUUCCCUUUGCGGGAAGAGAUUUGCAGAACAUGGAGAUCUCAAACGCCAUUUGUAUAUCCACAGUGGAGAGAAAGCCUAUAGUUGUUCAGUUUGUGGGAAAAGCUUCACACGGAAAGGAAACGUGAAACGCCACUCUUACGUCCACACGGGAGAGAAACCGUAUGGUUGCAGUGUUUGUAAUAAAAGAUUCACACAGAUCGGAGGCCUAAAAAAACACAAAUGUUGUGUUUUUACCUUCUCUUAGAAUCUAGAAGGAGAUAAAUAUAUUUCUUUAUUCAUGUAUUUGAGGCUUUUAUCCAAAGCGACGAACAUCAGAGAGUAAGAAAGACACAUGCAAGGAUCUAGAGAGGAAGAGACAACGUUAGGAAGUGCAAAUGAAUAGCUUUAAGUCUGAUCGGGAAGUGACCAGAGGCAGAGCACUUUUUUUUAUUUUUUAUAAUUAAAGUUAAUAUAUCGUCACCACCAACAACAACAUCGACAGCUCAUGAAAGUCUCAGAGCUUCCCUAAACAUGUGUGUGAAGUUUCUUGGUGUAAAUCCACUCUGAUCCUGUAUUUGAUCAUGCCUAUAAACCCCUCUAUUUCAGCCCUGCUCAGAACAGGCUGUUUCUGUGUCUGUACCUUUAAAUGUAAAUGAGCUGUGUCUGACCACGCCCCCUCUCUGGAAGGGCUUGGGUGUCUCGGGCUUUCUCCCUCCAUGUCCUAUUGUUUACAGUGAGAGGGCAGACUCAGAGGGCAGAACAAACACCUAGCUGUGGCAGUGUCACCCACCUGGGGGAGGGGUUACUGCCCUUUAAGAUAAGAUAAUCCUUUAUUUAUCCCACAACGGGGAAAUUUAUGAUGUCAUGAAGGGAAAAUCUCCAAACGGCCUGUUUGAGCACAUAUUUUCUUAAAAGUGGAGCAGGCAAAGGACGGAGAGGAUGGACUUUUCUCAUCAUUGGGGGGUUUGUAGACAGACUAGGGACACAUAUUAGUGUCAGAGGAGCAUGGUGAAGUGGAUUAUACAGAAUAUUCGACCUUUAAGUAAAUCUACUUACUUGUGGGAUGACUUGUCUAUUGCUCUCCACUGUUUUCAACGCCAUGGAUAACUGAUAACCUUGUCAAAAAAUAGUUCAGUAUAAGUUUGAAGAAUGUGCCGACACUAUGAAAAGAUGUGUGACUUAACUGUUUUAUAUCUAACAUGAACAGAUCACAUAGAGAGAGUUGAUUUCAUCUUGAUACUGUUUAUCAUUCGACAUAUUUCUCCCCUUUUAUCCUAUUUGAAUAAG